AUGGGCCGGCAGACAUGGGCCGUUCUCUGGCGGACACUGUUUGUUCAGUGCAUCAAGCGACACUACAUCGAGUCCGUGCUUGAGGUGCUGUUUGUACUGCUGCUUGCCAUCGCGUUCCUGUCGUCCAACUUCGCCACCAGGCCGACCCCCGAGCAUCGCGGUAGGACUGACCAUGACGACGGAGACUCCUUGAUGGCAGCCCCAGUGCUUUACAGCCCGGAUAGCCCUUACGUCGGCCACCUCAUCGCUCUUGCAUUCCCCGGCAAAAGUACGCCACACUUUGCACCGCCAACCUCAAAGGUGUUCGGGACGGCUGAGUUAGGGCGGCAGGCGUUCGAGAACGAGUCUGCGCUCGUCGAUGCCUGCGAGUCGGUCGAGUUUGACGCGUGCGUCCACUUCCGCGGCUACUCGGACGCCAACGAGACGUCCGUGUUGAGUUACGCACUGCACUACUUCGAGGACGAGAACCCAGGCAAGGUGGGCUUCCACAUUGGCUUCCGACAACCCAAGGAGUUCCACUACGAGCAGGACACGGACAAGCCUCUGUGGGGUAGGGCGUACUCGGCUCAAGUCGCCAUCAACACAGUCCACAUCACACUUCAAGAUAAAUACGGCCGAGGCGAAAACAACAUUACGGCAAAAGCAUUCCCAAAGCCUGACUUUCCGGAGGACAUUGAGCCUUACAGGCGUGGUGUAUUCUGGCUCGUGGCCGUUGUCUUCCUCUACCCCAUGUGGCGGCUCGUGGCCCGACUGUGCACAGAGAACGCGCAAGGACUUCGGGAAUACGAGCGCCUGAUGGGUCUGCCCGACUGUUUCUACUGGACGGGUCAGUUCGUGUGCACCCUGUGCUUCUGCCUGGGUCACAGCGCCAUCUGCGUGUACUGCGCUGCCUUCCAGAAGCAAGCCAAGGCAGGCGUCCCCUUCUUUGACCGCACCGACGUGACGCUCCUGUUCGCAGUUUUUGCUGUGCACAGCGUCCUGCAGACUCUGCUCACUAUGCUGGUCACGUGCAUCUUCACAUCUGGCACUGACGGUCACGCAACUGCGGCACCAGUUUCCAAUAACCCGCAACAUUACGACCCGCAGGGACGCAUGCGCAUGGACUACGACAUCGCCAAGCAGUCAGAGAUGGGAGCCCUGCUGUGCGUCGCGAUCCUCUGCGUGCUGGCGCCGUACUGGCUGCUGACGCACACCGGCGGCCUGGGCUCGCUGGGCGAGCUCGUGUUCCGGGAGCGCACGGCGACCCUCUGCUACUCUGCGCUGCUGCCCACGGUCGCCUCCUACAACCUGCUCACCAUCAUCGGCGUCCACAACGACUUCGAUGGUGGCGCCACCUGGGCGAAAGUGUCCGACCUCGCGCUGGGAGCGUUGAGGGUCACCAUGCUGGACGUCUGGACAGUGAACCUGGCGUCGGCCGCUGUGAUGGUCCUGACGAUCUUCUACCUCUCCAAGGUCUUGCCCUGGAACACAGCAAUCCCACUGCACCCACUGUUCUUGUUCAACCCUCGCUACUGGUGGCCCUCGCCUACACUGCGCGAACCGCCAACUGUUCCGCUCGCCUUCAGAGACAAACGCUUCGAACCUGCUCCGCGCCAUAUGAAGCCCGUGCUGCAUGUGGAAGACUUGACGGUGUCUUACGGCGGCGCUGAAGCACUCAAACGCAUCACCCUGCAAGCCUUCGAGCAGCAAGCUACCGUUCUGGUUGGCCGCAAUGGUGCCGGCAAGACGACCCUCAUGAAUGUUUUGGCUGGGCUGCAGAAGCCCAGCUCGGGCAAGGUGUACAUCUGUGGUUACGACGUGACGAAACACACCAGCCUGGCCCGCCAGGCGAUCACCUACUGCCCACAGCGGGACAUGAUUUUUCCAGACCUAACCGUUUGGGAGCAUCUGCUCUACAUCGCAGCUACUUUGAUUUUGGUGAACCUGGAAGAAGAUGCACAAGUUCUUUCCCAAGAACUCAGAAGAGGCGAGAUGAAGCGGCUCAGCAUCGGCAUGGCAAUUAUCGCCAAGCCCAAGGUAUGUGCCAAGCAGAAGGCAUUUGGGUUGGGAUUUUAA